AAAUGUGAACUAUGCGAGAUUCAAUUGAAGUGUAGUGAUAUUCGCUUAUUGUAUGAUACCGGAAAAAGUUUUUAGUACAGAUCAAACGUUUAUAUUCGUUUUAACUGCAGCCGUACCGACAAUCGGUUUCGUCUUUUGUCGGUUUUGUUAUCAGCAUUUGACGGACACACCGUGAAUUCCUAGCCACAAUUCUUGAACAAUAUUUUUCGUUUUAAGGAAACCGCGAUUUCCAUAGGAAGGAUUAAAGUACGUAUAAAUUACUUAGCCUAGGUGUAGGUGAGAAACGGAACUAUGCCUAUAUAUUACAAUGUUUUAGAGCUGAAAUUAUACGACAAGUUUGAAACCCAUUUAUGGGUUGGCUUAAGCGAAGCUGAAAAUUUUUCGUAAACGAGCACGUCAGAGUUAUUAAUCAUUUUGAUGGGCUGUUCGGUGUUUUAUUGCAAUGAGCUUUAUUAUGUGCAUAUUUUUCGACAACGAAGUGAAUCGUCAGAAAUUGCGCGCAAGACUUAAGACGCCUUUAGCUCGUGAAGAACAAAAGCAGCUUGUUCCGCUCUGGAUGAGUUCAAGAGACACAAGUCUAUUCUUGCCUAGAACGCGCGCGGAAAUCCAGCAAUGAUGUGAAUUCAAAGCUCGUUUUUACGUGCAGUGAAUUCAUUCCCAGUUCAAGGAAAUUUCUCACCAGGCAGAAUGAACCCUUGUCGCGUUUCGCGCCGAGGAAGAAACAAAAACUCACGCAAAAACCGCGACAGUGGGCGAUUAAUUUUAAGAGCUUUAAGGACUUCGUUUAACAAGAAUUUUUGUCGUUCACUUAGUUGUAAUUGCUAAUUGCGCGUUUAAUCUCUGACAACCAAUAUUCCUUUUCAGGAAGCUAGAACUCCUAAUAUCAUCUCGGCUCAAACGCCGUAAAUACUUCUUACUAUGUAAGGGAUCCCAAACAAGAUAUUUCCGAAUCUUGCUGACGUGAGAAAAGCCAAAUGGGUUUGUGUAUUAAGAGGCGGGAUCAGUGCAAUUUGGAGCAAAUGUGUACAAAAUACUUGAAUAUUUGUUUGCAUGUAAAUACCUCCAAACCUCAAAAACUAACUGUGCUCAAUUGACUCGUCGGGGCAUUCCAUUCAAAACCAGUGACCCUUUACAUCUGAUUUGAUAUUGUCAGAGAAAAUACGAAGCUCUUGUCUACUUUUAGCAACCUAAUCGUACAACGUAAAAUCAACACUCGCUCGCCUUCAAAACCGGUGAAGUUAUUGUGAAGCGACAAAACACUGUGAUUGAUAUGUUCAAGGAAAUUUCCCAAGGGACUGGUAGUUUUUGUCCAUUUUGUAUAAACUUGAGAUCGGUUGGGAUAAAGAGCUGGCGCUUUCUAGCAGAAAUGCGUGGGAAGUGAAGCAGGAGUGUACGGCGGGUGUUUACAUUUCGACAUCUCUUUGUGUUUUUGGGUGGUUUUUCCUUGGCAGAAAGUAAAAAAAUCUAAGAUCACCACGGACAUUCCAUAUCCAUUACAACAUGGCGGAAAAUUUCCAUGAUCGUUGAACAUUACGUCACCCUCUGUCUUUUGUUACAUCGGGUUGCUCCGGAAACCCUCAAAAAAAAUAUAAGGGGCAUUGAAGCAGUUUCGAAUAUUAUUAAUAACGACAUCUCAACACGUGAAGAGCGAUUCCGUGGGCAGCUGAAAGCGGUGGAAAAUCGUUUAGCAGUUUGAACAAACUACGUCGAUUGCCUCUCUAAAAUCCAACUUAUCAUCAGUUCUGACGAAGACUUAAAAGAUUUUGAAUGGAUCUAUUACAGGCUAUUUUUGUCCUGUUUGCUUUCUGCUUGUUGAGUAUCACACAAGCUCUUCCCUUGCAAAAAGGAUUCGAAGGAAUUAGUCUACGACGGGAAAGGAGAGCUUUGAGGCCGUUCCCAGUGUGCAAUCAAAACGCAAUUCCAUCCGGACAUACAUCUGUUGCAGACGUGUCUUUUUGGUACAAAAAUGGUUGGUUCUUAGCUGUUUACAAAGAUGGUAAUAUAAACGGGACUUCAGAUGCGCGCAGCCGCGACAUUGAGCUCCAACUUCAGUCUGUUGGAAGCAGCUUGGUUCGGAUCUUUAGCAAGCAAACUUGUCUGUAUGUCGCUAUGCAGUCAUCGGGAAAAGUUUACACAACGAAGGAACCCACAAGGGAAACGGUAUUUCAACAAACGCAUGAAGCAAAUGGCUUCCAAACGUUUGCCUCUGAACAUCACUCCCAUGUGAAUGAUAAGACAAGAAAAUACCUGUUUUUGUCCAUGAGAAAGAAUGGUCAUAUGAAAAAUGGCAAAAAGACUACGAGACACAACAAGACUACGCUUAUUUCAGUGAUUGAAAGCAGGGAAAUAAGCUAAAUACUGCUGACAGUCAAAAUAUCUUCAAAAUAUUUAUUUCGUCUGAAAGCAGGUCUUCAGAACGAGUACCAAGUGAAGAUUUAUGUUGAAAAUUUAAAUAUUUAGAUAUUUAUUUUUUACGAAAGUAAGUAAGAUAAGCUAUCUAUUUAUAUAUUGUCGCAACAGCGAAUUUAAGAAUUAAAUGAGAAAAAGAGGUUAUUUAUAAAUAAAGUUGUUCGAUCAUAGAGUACCGCUUAGCGAAUAUUGUGGCCUUUAGUGGCUCGGCGUAACUGUUAAACAGUACGGGUUCUUUACGAAUAACGAGUUCUUUCCAACAAACAUGUUAUGGUUGUCAUUCUACAAAUCCCUAGAUCUCUUUGAUACAACAUGAAAAUAAAACGUUUCGAGGUAAAACUGAUCAUAUUUUCCUGCCUCGGGGACUUUUUAAAAAUUCCAGAGAAAAAAUCAAGGUAGCUAUGAACAAGGAUUGUUUGCAAGGAAAGACCCUGGUUACCUUCUUUGAAAUUCGACUUACUUUUUCAUUCCCCCUAACUUGUUGAAAACGUGGAUGGUAUAUAUAUAUGAUUCUUCUGACGACCACCGUAGCAUGAUAAUUCGCCACAGCUCGGAGAGGUCCCGUCAUAACCCCAUCUGUCUGUUCUUCACUAUUUAAGACCCUCAAAUUAAACAGUAUUCCAGAAUGGAAGCAAUAUCCUUGAUUCCCAGGGAAUGGCACUGUGACUACAAAAAAACUCUAGCACAAACUUCAAGCUCUUAAGUUUUUGUAACAGAUUAAAUGUAAAUUCUUUAAUUUCUCCUUAUCUCGCCCAACGUAACGCUAAUAGCUCUAUUUGGGUUACAAUAAAGUUUUUUAAAGUUCAGACAAAAAUCCAUAACAGCCUAAUGAAUGUUUAUAGAAUUAAUAUUGUUAUAUGUAUCUUUGUAAUGCUAGUUAGGAUUUUCCAAUGGAAAUAAACUUAGUGUAUGAAAACUGAAA